AGCAUAUGAAAUAUGUCCAAAACGUUUUUGGUGCUCUUGUUCUUAUUUUACACAUCAAGCGUCUCAAAUUCAACUCACUAUGAAGAAUAUAAGGAAUCAAACUAUGAUGACUUUGAAAUGGAUUAUUAUGAUGCGUAUUCAGAAACAGCAAAUUACGAUAAUACGUUUAGAACAAUGCAGGAAAACGGUAACGUAACGGUUACAUCUAAAUCAUGUGGAAGAGAGCGAUGUGCAGGAUCAUGGGGAGCUUGGCAAACAUGGACGGAAUGCAAUAUCCCACUACCUGGAAAUAAAGUUGCACAGUGUCAUAACACGAUGCACAUGCGAAGAAGGUUUUGCGCUCAAAGUGACAUAUGUCACGAAGUUAAUUGGGCCUAUUGUGUCCAUCAAAGUUCGUGCAGUGGAGAGUGGUCGCAGUGGACUAAUUAUGGGAACAAUUGCUCAAACUCAUGCGACAGAGAAAGACAAAGAAAACGAACCUGCUAUUCAACAUCAGGUCUUGAAAUGCCAGCAAUAUGCUAUGGAUCUGGAACAGAAUCUGUUCAAAUUGAAUCUAUAGAAUGUCCUGCUAAUUCAUGUUCCUACAUCAGUUUUGAAAUGAAGCUUGGAUUCGGUGUCGGUGGGAUGGUAUUGUUGAUAAUUAUAAUUAUCAUCGUGAUAAUCAUGAUAUCGAAGAGGAGAAAUAUCAACAGAGAAACUUCACUAGUCAGUUCACAAUCUUUUUUGUUAGAACAUUGGAGAAUUUUAUCUCGACGAUUCACAAGAAGAACCCGUAGCGAACCACAGCCCCGACUUAAUCCUGAAAUAGCAAUAAAAAGGAACUAUAGCGCGGUCCAUGUUUACGAGAGUCCGAACGAUUAUUCUCAGGUUCUCGAUAACGCCGAAGGAAAUAUCUAUGAAGAAACGCUGGGGAUGUACGGCACCCCAUGCGUAAACGAGGAAGGUAGACCUCGUACAAACACUGUGGUAUCUGAGGAAAGAUAUCAAGUGAUAGGUAUUACAGGACCGUACGCUAGAAUGCAACCUGUAGACCUACCAGGAUACAGUCGACAAAUGAGAAGAGCCAGAUCGUUCGAUGACGUGUUGUCGGAAAGAAAUUUAUAUCGUUCUCGUCCUCUUCCAGGAUCGUCAACAAAGAACCCCAAAAAACUAAGGGGAGCCACCCAGUUGCCGCGAGUACCUUCGUACAAUGGGGUUGCAGCGAGGAUAGCCAGAAGACAAAACGAAUCUAUGAAACGUAUUACUAAGAUGCCACAGCAAUAUUUCAUGGACUCAAGCAAGCAAAUGGCAUCUGCCAGCGUGCACAUUGAACAAGAUAAAGAGGAAUAUAUGAUUCCUAAUGUUAGAGAGAGAAAAAAUUCCAUUUCUUCGACUUACAAAGAUAACAGUUCAAAUUCCUUGGGACUGCCUAUUUCAUCUGACAUUGACGUGUACGUUACAAUGAAGAAUUCUAAGAAGCAAGCCCCCCAAAAGCACUAAUUUUAUUCUUCUUUCCACUAAUAUUUCUAUAUUACAAUCCGUCAAUUGGAAUGUUCAAACUUGCGGACGACAUUGAUAAAAUCCCACUUUAUACAAGAGUGCACAACAUUUUAUUCAGAGGGAGAAACAACUUUAACAACCCGGUAAAUUAGUAGUAUAUAAUCAACCAACUAGUAUUUAAACCUAAUGGAUAAUGAGCGGAGUGUAUGUAAUAUUAGUCUUAUCAUACGUCCCGGUUUAGACGGGUCAGUCCCGAUUUUGACAA